CAAGUCUACCCUCCUGUUAGCUUUGGUUCUUCACCCAAAAGUGAACCGAACACUCGAACAGCAUCCAUCACUUCGUGGCUUCUUACGCAACAACGCCAUUCAAACUUUGUGAUUACAUUCAGGGAAGCAAUGGCAUGGAGAGGACAUCUUUCAAAGAACAUAAGGGAGCUUAGGUUUUUGAUGUGCCAGUCGUCACCUGCAAGCUCACCUGCAAGGACAUUUGUGGAAAAGAACUAUAAGAAACUCAAGACUUUGAACCCGAAAUUGCCAAUACUGAUCCGUGAAUGCAGUGGAGCGGAACCCCAACUAUGGGCAAGAUAUGAUUUUGGUGUUGAGAAAGGAAUCAAACUGGAAGGCUUGUCGGAGGCACAGAUCUCCAAGGCACUUGAAGAUUUGGUGAAAGCUGGAGAGUCCUUGAAAGCCUGAUAUUGCACCUUCUCAGCCAUCUGAAAUUGAAUAAAGC